ACUGCCAGCACUGCGUCCAUCCAGCAGCCACCUGACGUCAUCACGCCCUGCGUAGGAGGCGUGGAGAUGGGAGGGACAACACAGGAACAGGCCCUUCGGCUCACAGUGCAUGUGUUGACCAAAGAUCUUAUAGCUGCUCUAAGAUCUUUGGUGUUGUCCACAGAAUAUAGAACCGUAUAGUGCAAGGAGGAACUGCAGAUGCUGAUAGAUACAAAGUGCUGGAGUAACUUAGCGGGUCAAGCAGCAUCAUUGAAGAACAUGUUUCUGGUCGGGGCCCUUCAGACGAUCACCCGUUCACACUAGUUCCAUGUUAUCCCACAUUCUCAUCCGCUGGGAGCAAUUUACAGAGGGCCAAUUAACACACACGCCUUUGGGGUGUGUGAGGAACCCGGACCACACGGAGAAAACCCACGUGGUCACAGGGAGAACAUGGAAACUCCACACAGACUGCACCCGAGACGAGUGUGGAGGAUGGAGAAUGAGGAAAGUGAAGAGGAUACUCGUCCUCAGGGCCUCUACACCAUAUUCGCUGCCAUCCUGGUGUUCUUCGUGAUGGGGCUGCUGGGCAUCCUGCUGUGCCGCCUCCUGCAGGAGAGAGGCUACCGGUGCCGCACGUCCCGGCAGCUGAACACGGAGCGGGAGGCUGGGCUGGUGGACGAGGAUGUACACGAUACAAACCAGGACACGCUGGGGCAGAUUGUGCAGUGUAUCCUCAACAACACAGCUAAUGCGGAGGCUCUGCAGGAGAUGCUGAAGCAGCAUGAAGAGAUGAAGCUGCCAGAGCACAGCCCGCUGUUCCCGGAGCCGCUGACUACACUCUCCGCCGCUCCGACCUCUCACCACCACACCGUGCACGGGGGCGGGACUGGGGUUCCCCGCGCGGUGUGUCUGCACUGUAGCCGGCAGGGGAGGUCAGCGAUAGGUCAGGCACGGAGCCACCCACUGCGGGGCGAGGUGACUGUCUUCUCCGUGGGCAGGUUUAGGGUCACCCACAUCGAGCGGUUUCGGACGGGGAAGGAGCCAAACCCGCCGCCCAGAGAGGAGUCACAUGUCGGGUCGGUCAAGGACACGGCCACGGAUCGGGGGGACGGGAGCGUGGAGUCGGCGAUCACUGAUACUGCGGCGUCGGAGCCCAAACCAGUGGAGCCAUUGGCCCCGCUGCCGCCAGGCUGCCCGUUGUUGACGGUGAUGACGGGAGGAAGCGAGGCCCAUGACCGGUGACGCAGGGUCAUAGGCCGCCCAUGAUGGAGGGGAGAGUCUACCGGCAACCCCGUCCCCCCUCCCGGUGGCACGGUGGCCCGCGCAGCCAUGGGAUUCCAGGGAGACGUGGUGUGCGGCCGGAGCGCAGGGUACGGAGAGAUACGGGGGAGGGGGCAGGAAAGAGCCCCCCCCACUCCAACCCCUCCCCCCAGGCUGUGACCGCACGCGGGAAGUGUGGAAUCACCGUCUGUAUCAGCGGCGCUGCGGGAGAGUAUCGAUCCUGGGCGUAAACAUCACCACCAAGCACACCAACACCUCCACUUCCUCAGGGGGUUGCGGAAGCUCACCAAGUCUCCAGAACCCUCACCAACUCCGACAGAUGCACCCUAGAAAGCAUUCCGUCGGGUUGCUUCUUUUGGGAACAGCUCUGCCCAAGACUGUGAGAGACUGCAGAGAAUUGUGGAUGUAGCCCAGACCAUCACACAGACUAGACAGCCCACCAUUGACACCAUCUACAUCACGCUGCCUCAGGAAAGCAGUCGACCUAAUCAAUGACUUGCCCCUGUCCCACCCCCGUCAUUCCUUCUUCUCCCCGCUCCCAUCCAGCAGAAAAUACGGAAGCUUGAAAGCGCGCACCACCAGACUCAGAAACAGCUUCUUCCCCUCUCUUAUCAGGCUUCUGAACGGCACUUCCAUAAGCUAGGGUGGCCGAUCUUCCAACCUACCUCAUUGACAACAUUGCACUUUUUCUCCGUAACUGUAAUAGCAUAAUGCUGUAACACCAUAACACUUCUGCACUCUGGUAUUCUUCUCUUUGCACUACCUGUUGUACUUGCGUAUGGCUUGAUUGUAUUUAUGUCUAGUAUUAUCUGAUGCGUUUGAAUAGCACACAAACAAACAAUUUACACUGUAUCUGGAUACAUGUGACAACAAUAAACCAAUGCUAAUGAAUGUGUUCAAUGGCCACACACACGCAC